CUCUCCUAGGCUAACGAUAAUGUAGAUGGUUACAGAGUGCGACAGUGCUGAAACUCAGGUGGCUGUCAGUCCUCAUGAGAGAGAGAGAGAGAGAGAGAGAGAGAGAGAGAGAGAGAGAGAGACUGAAGGGAAUCCCAGUCUGGAUGAAACAAACACUCGUAGCACCUGAGCUCAGGUAGAUUGUCACGAUAUGAGCUCCGCGUGAAAGGCACGACAUGGACAGCACUGUGUUUCCAGCAAACGGUGGUUCUGAACUAACAGCGAGCGAGCGCACCUCAGAAAGUAGACCAGAUUGCCGUCUCCGGACGAACGUAACAGGAAAAUAACAGUUUGUAUUUCAAGGAUUAUCAUGUUCCUUCGCUGUUGUGACCAAAUAUGAAGAGGACACACAUUUAAAGUUGGAAAUGCUGUGCUUGCAAGGCUGAAGCGCGCGUGCCAAGUGAUGUUCCGGAAGACCGUAGUCCUUCUUGGUGAUGGACACACAGCGGUUCAACAAACUCUGACAGUCUUUAGCUCCCUAUUGCAUUCAGCAGUCCUGUCGUAGGGGUCGCUGAGGGGGCAGCCACUUAAUGCACUGAACUCAAACAAUGACCGACCCCAUCAUGGACUUCUUUGAUGACCCUAGCAUAUUUGGGGGAGGGCUUGACAGCUUAGUCCAGGAUGAUCCAGGGUUUACCCCUGGUUCUGUGUCCUUGGAUGAUGAACUUCACCUGGGUCCUAGUUUGGAGCCUCUUCAGGUGGAUGCAGGGUCCAGAUCUUCUACCAUCCAACAUGGGAUACCCUACAACCAACCUGUGAGGCAUUUUGACACUAUGAAGGCACAGACCUCAAUGGAACAGUCCUUUCCUGGUCCAGAAGGAGUUGGCAACAACGGAAGAGCAUUUUUACCACAGCAGCAAUCAUUUCAAGGGCAUACUAUGAACCAAGUGCCCCAGACCAAUGGACUGUUUCUUCACAACAGCCCCAUGUGGGGAAACCAUGAUCAAAAAGGGAAUAACUACCAUCAGCACAAUCAACACCAUCAACAAAUUCAUCAUCAACAACUUCAACAUAAACAAUUUCAGCAGCAACAACAGUUUCAGCAGCAUCAAGCUCAGCAUCAGCAGUACAGUCAUCAACAUCAACAUCUUCAGCAAAGACAGCACAGCCUCAAUCAACACCCAAUCUCAAACCAGCUGCAACUCCCUCACCAACAAAUUGCCCAUCAAGGCUUGCAUCAUAUUAGCAAGACCUAUCAGGGACAUACAGGUUUUUACUAUGAGAGCAACGUCCCUCAAAAUCAUUCCCAGCACGGCCACCAUAACUCGCUCAGUGUGGAGGGUAGUCCCUUUCACUCUACGGUUGAGGCAUCAAUGAUGCCUGUGUCUUCUCAACAACACAGUGGCUUUCAAAUAGCCCAAGAGGUCCAAGGUUUUACUACAGGUCCAAGGUUGGAAGACAAUGACCUAGCCUUCCCUGUCCAGUCUUCCCCUGCAACCCAUUCUUUCCCAACUGACUCAGUUAGCCGCGCUUCAUCCUAUCCUACUGCUCAUUAUACUCUGACUGGUCAGCCUCCCCCUAUAGUAAAUGCAACCCAGUCUUACUCCUCUGCUCCAGUCUCUAUGACAUCCUCUUCCACGGCCAUCCCAUCAUCAGCUUCAAACCUUUUGGAUACUGGUUGUCCUUUUCGGUCUAAUUCUGGAAUGGAACAUCAGCAGCAACGAGUCCAAAUACCAGACAGCCCGGCACAACGGUGCCCCUUAAAUAGCUCCAAAUCAAACCAGGAUCCCUUCAGCUCUUGUAAGGUGUUCCCAGAUGGUCUGAACUCGUUCGCUGCAGACUGUCCAUUCUCUACGGCAGAGCGAAGGAACCAUGAUGCGGCUGGACCUUUGGUUACAAACCAGAGCAGCAGUAAUGGGUUUCAGGCACUGGAGGAGGUCUUGCUUGGAGAGCAACACAGUCACAGACUUGACCUGGGUGAUGCUCCUGACCUUUUAGGCGAUGAGCUGUUGCCUCAGCUGGAGGCACUAGACCAGGAAGAGAACUCCAAUCACUCUUGGGUAAUGGCAGGACUAGAGAAUGACCAAGAAGAGGAUCUCAAGGAUGAGGAAGGCAUGGAGGAUGUGCCAGUGGUUUACAACGCACAGCCUCCUAAGAACACUAAUGGUCCCAGCAGCCAGCCGCGGGUACUCAGCCCACCAGUGAAGAGCAGCUCCUCUUCUUCCUCUUCAUCAUCCUCGUACAUAUCCGUGUCAGAGAAGCGGGCACAGAAGCGACAGCAGCAGCAACAGCAGAUGGAGUUGUCCCUUUCGGACGAUAAACAACAGAAGGCCAAUCGAAUAAUCUCAGAGGCCAUCGCCAAAGCACGAGAGAGGGGAGAGAAAAAUAUUCCACGUGUCAUGAGUCCAGAAAGCUUCCCGUCUUCUUCGUCGCAGCACCGCAGUCACAGGGCCGGUUCUUCCAAGUCCAGAGGCAAGAAUAAGAGUUCCAAGAAGGCCCGGAUUGUGACGUCAUCCAAGUCCAAACAAAAGGCUCAAAUUGGGAAAAUCGUUAUAAAGCUUGGAAAGAAGAAGCGAAAGAAGACCGAUUCCUCUGAAGAGCUGUCUGAUGAUGACAGACCAACUCGACGAUCCUCUAAAGAUGAUGAUUCGAAGCGACGUUCAAACCGGAAGGUCAAGAGGAAGAAGUAUGAGGAUGAUGGCGAGGCUCGAUUGUCCGAUGAAGAAAUGAAGGUCAUCGUAAAAGCCAAGAAGACCAACUCCAACGCUCACAAACAGCCUUCGGUGCAACUGUUUGUGGAGAACCCGACUGAGGAAGAUGCUGCUGUGGUUGAUAAAAUCAUGGCAUCUCGUGUGGUGAAAAAAGAGGUUUCUCCUGGGGUGAUGGUAGAAACCGAAGAGUAUUAUGUCAAGUACAAAAACUACUCGUAUCUUCACUGUGAGUGGGCGACGGAGCAGCAUUUAGAGAAAGACAAGAGGAUCCAGCAGAAAAUCAAGCGCUUCAAGAUCAAACAGGCGCAGAAAGCACACUUCUUUGCUGAUAUGGAGGAGGAACCAUUCAAUCCCGACUAUGUAGAAGUGGACCGAGUUCUUGAGGUCUCAUACUGUGAGGACAAGGACACCGGAGAGCCGGUGGUGUAUUACCUGGUGAAAUGGUGCUCAUCGCCGUAUGAGGACAGCACAUGGGAGCUGAAUGAAGAUGUAGACCAGACUAAGAUUGAAGAGUUCAAAAAGCUGCAGGCAGCAAAACCACACACCAACAGAGUGGAGCGUCCACCGGCGAGUCACUGGAAGAAGCGGGAGCAAUCACGAGAGUAUUGUAAUGGAAACUGUCUCAGGGAUUACCAGCUGGAGGGGGUCAACUGGCUUCUCUUCAACUGGUAUAACAGGCGUAACUGUAUUCUGGCGGAUGAGAUGGGUCUGGGAAAGACCAUCCAGUCCAUCACGUUUCUGGAUGAGAUCUAUCGCACAGGGAUCAAGGGGCCUUUCCUCAUCAUCGCCCCUCUCUCUACCAUCGCUAACUGGGAGAGAGAGUUCAGAACCUGGACGAAACUUAACGUCAUCGUGUACCAUGGCAGUGUGGUCAGCAGACAGAUGCUCCAGCAGUAUGAGAUGUACUUCAGAGAUGCUCAGGGUCGUGUGAUAAGAGGUGCUUACCGGUUUCAGGCAGUCAUUACAACAUUUGAGAUGAUAUUGGGAGGCUGUCCAGAACUUAACGCAAUAGACUGGCGCUGUGUCAUCAUUGAUGAAGCCCAUCGGCUCAAAAAUAAGAACUGCAAGCUACUGGAGGGCUUCAAACUUAUGAGUCUGGAACAUAAGGUUUUGUUGACGGGCACUCCACUACAAAACACAGUAGAGGAACUCUUUAGUCUGCUACACUUCCUGGAGCCGAACCGCUUCCCUUCUGAAAGCACCUUCAUGCAGGAAUUUGGAGACCUCAAGACUGAGGAGCAGGUCCAGAAACUCCAGGCCAUCUUGAAACCGAUGAUGCUGCGUCGUCUUAAGGAAGACGUGGAGAAGAAGUUGGCUCCUAAAGAGGAAACCAUCAUUGAAGUGGAGCUCACCAACAUCCAGAAGAAAUACUACCGCGCCAUCCUGGAGAAGAACUUCUCAUUCCUGGCUAAGGGAGCUGGCCAAGCCAACGUCCCAAACCUGCUCAACACCAUGAUGGAACUGCGGAAAUGCUGCAACCAUCCCUACCUCAUCAAAGGGGCUGAGGAGAAGAUCUUAGAGGACUUCAAGGUGUACAGUCCCGCAGCAGUAGAUUUCCACCUGCAGGCUAUGAUUCAGUCAGCAGGUAAACUCGUUCUCAUUGACAAGCUGCUCCCCAAGAUGAAGGCCGGUGGACACAAAGUGCUCAUCUUUUCUCAGAUGGUGCGCUGCCUGGACAUCCUGGAAGACUACCUCAUCCAGAAAAGGUUAGAAUCGAAAACAGCGACAUCCGAGAUUGAGGAUCUUCUGCGGCGUGGAGCUUAUGGUGCCAUCAUGGACGAGGAAGAUGAGGGGGCUAAAUUUUGUGAAGAGGACAUUGACCAAAUCCUGCAACGCAGAACCAAGACCAUCACUAUUGAAUCUGAGGGUCGGGGCUCCACCUUUGCCAAGAUAACAUUCUUGUUAAGGGUGCUGCUGAGGGUUAGAAUGCUGUACUAUUUGAAACAAGAGGUGAUUGGAGUGCAGUGCCAAAAAGUGCUGGAUGGGGCAGAUGCCAGUGAGAUAGAGAUCUGGGUUCCUGAGCCGGAUCAUUCAGAGAUGCCUGCACUGUGGUGGGACAUGCUCUCAGACAAAUGUCUGCUGUUAGGAGUCUUUAAGCACGGUUAUGAGAAGUACAACACUGUUCGUGCAGAUCCAGCACUGUGUUUCUUAGAAAGGGUUGGGCGGCCAGACGAGAAGGCCAUCGCUGCUGAACAGAGAGGAAAUGACUUUAUGGAUGGAGAUGUGGACGACCCCGAGUAUAAGCCUGCUCCAGCUUUGCUGAAGGAUGAUAUGGAGGACGAUGCUUCUUCCCCAGGAGACCUGGUCAUCACUGAUACAGGCGGAGAAGCAGGGGCUGUAUUAGAUGGUGGUGGUGGGACUUUGGGUGCUGGAUCAGGGAUGUACUGGCCCUCACCCUCCACGCUGACGGCCCGACUGCGGCGUCUGAUCACUGCUUCUCAGCGCUUCACCAAGAGCAAACAGAUACUUCAGAUCCACCAGACACAGCCGACCAUGACCCCUGCCCUCUACCCUCUGCCCCCCACGAUCAGCGACACACUCAAUCCCAAAAUUGCUGCUAAGAUUGAAAGACAACAACGGUGGACGCGGAGAGAGGAGGCGGAUUUCUAUCGCGUGGUUUCAACAUUUGGGGUAGUGUUUGAUCCAGAUUUGGGCCGCUUUGACUGGACCAAGUUCAGAGCCAUGGCUCGACUGCACAAGAAAACUGAUGAGAGUCUACACAAGUACCUGUGUGCCUUUAUUGCCAUGUGCAGGAGGGUCUGCCGCCUGCCCGCUAUAGAGGGAGAUAUGAUGGACUCCUCUCUUGCUAUACAACCAAUCACAGAGGAGCGUGCCUCCCGUACCUUAUACAGAGUGGAGUUGCUGCGGAAGAUAAGAGAACAGGUGUUGCGUCAUCCGCAGCUUUACGAGCAUCUCGCACUGUGCCAGCUAGGACCGGAUCUUCCAGUGUGGUGGGAAACAGGAUCCCACGAUCGGGAUCUUCUGCUUGGGGCAGCCAAACAUGGAGUCAGCCGAACAGACUACCAUAUCCUCCGUGACCCGGAGCUCUGCUUUAUGGCGGCACAGAGAAACUACAGCCAGAACAAGGGAACUGCAGCACAAGUCCAAGCCCAGAAUCAGGUGCCUUCACUGGGACAGUGUCACAUCCCAACCCCCCUCCAGCAUAUUCAGGCUAAAGAGGCUUCUGAUUCACCGCUCCCAAACCAAACUGAACUGAAGAAAGAGCCACUGUCAGAGGGAGAGGAAGAGAGUGGAGAGCAAAAUCCCAAGACGGAGACACCCUCUAUCAGACCACCCACACCUUCAGGAGUGGAUGAGAAAGAUGGCAUCCACAAAGUGGGAGAGAACGAGAGCCGGAUGGUGGCGGCCAGAACAAAACCGCUCACGCCGAACUCAGUAACUCGAAAACAGAAGAAGCUGAGUAAGCGGAGCCGCAGAGAGGCCAGGAGGAGGUCGGGAUCUGACUCGGACUCAGGUGGCUCCUCAUCCAGCUCUUCAUCAAGUCCUUCAUCAAGAUCUUCUUCCUCAUCCUCGUCUUCGUCACGGUCUGGAUCCAGUUCCUCUUCUUCGUCUUCCUCCUGUUCUUCAGGCUCUUCGUCUUCAUCAUCAUCGUCAUCCUCGUCUUCAGAAGACAGUGACAGCGGGGAGGUACCAAAAAACGCGUCAGCAGUGCCUGGUGUUAAAGGCUUUGACGAAGACAGCGUUGCCUCUCUCAAUACUACACAAGAUGACAUGCAGGGCAGUCAUGUGACCAACGGUAUCUCUAACCCUCCCCACCCUUUCCAGGGAGGUUAUAUGCUUGCUGCCUCCUACUGGCCAAAGGACCGUGUCAUGAUAAACCGGUUGGACAGUAUAUGUCAGGCAGUGUUGAAGGGGAAAUGGCCAGGGGUUCGUCGUGCAUACGAAGGCAAUGCAGUGACUUCUUUCUACACCACCAAACUCCUGGACAACACAACCACACUCACAGAAGACCCUUCAGCCUCCCCUCAGGGUUCAAAGGUGAAGAAGCAUGUUGCAGACAGAGAAAAGGAGUUCUCAGUCAAAAUCAAUGACCAGGAGGGCAGCCUUAAACUGACCUUCCAGAAGCAAGGUUUGCCUCUGAAGCGCCCCCUGGAGGGUGAGGAGGGACCUCUUGCCCAGCAGCAGUACUUAGCCCGGCUACAAGAGUUACAGAACGCAUCUGAUACCAGCCUGGCAGACUACACCAAAACACAGAACAGCUAUCCACAAGUACUGCCAGAGCAAAUGCGACUGAAUGGAGUUAUGGACGGACAGCCCGUAAUAAAGAAGAGGAGAGGACGGCGGAAGAAUGUGGAGGGGAUGGACCUGCUGUUCAUGAACAGAAACAGGCCUCCUCUGAUGGCAGAGCAGAUUGGCGGUGCAUUUGCUCCUCCUCUGAAAGAUUUAAGCCGGUUCCUGCAGGAGAAUCCAGAGUAUGGGGUCCCACCAGAGUGGGCUGACGUUGUUAAACAGUCUGGUUACCUUCCUGAAAGUAUGUUUGACCGCAUCCUGACUGGCCCCAUUGUUCCUGAAGAAGUGAGCCGGCGAGGACGACGUCCCAAAAACGCUUUGGCUAAAGCAGCCACCGUGGCCAGUGCCAACGCCGCCCUGGGGCUCAACCCACUCCUAACCAACGGCCUCCUCGCCGGGCUGGACCUGCCAAGUCUUCAAGCUCUUCAGCAUAACCUCCAGAGCCUCCAGUCUCUCCAACUCACCACUGGCCUCAUGGGACUGCCUCACGACCCCACCAACAUGGCCGCCAUGUUUCCAAUGAUGCUGUCCGGAAUGACCGGGCUGCCGAACCUCCUCGGAAUGAGUGGUAUCCUUGGAAAACAGGAAGCGGCGGGUGUGGCUUUGACGAGCAACGAGGACAGGAAAAAGAAGAGCGGUGGAGAGUCUACCACACCCAAAGGGUCGGCUGAGACUUUGAGUCCGGAUGGCAAAGCUGAAAGGACAGAGGGUCAAAGCUCCAAAGCCACCACCUCGACGGCCGCCAACUCCAAUCAAACAAGUGCUUCUGCUUCAGGCCACCCACUGGCCCUCAACCCCCUUCUCCUCUCUAGUAUGUUCUACCCAGGGAUGCUUCUUACGCCAGGCCUUAACCUGCCUGUGGCCAACCAGCCGCAAGCUGCAAACACUCAGCCAACCCCACCACUGCAACCUGCAGCCUCCGAAGCCACGGCGCAGCUGCCCGGCCACUCGGAGGACAAAGACAGCGAUGAGGGGGAGGAGCCCGACGAAAAGAAGGAUACCAGUGGUCCAGAGGGCUCGGCGAAGGCGGAGUCAUCCUCCUCUGAGUCCAACAGCUCCUCCGAGUCAUCCGAGGAUUCCGAUUCCAGCGACGAAGACUGAGUCUUUAUACAUGUAUAAAUAAAUAUUAUAUAUUUAUAUACAUCUCUUAGAAAUGUAUACAUAUAAACACAUAUAGGAAUAAUCCUGCAUUUACUACAUCAUGUUUUUUGUUUCCAUGUAAAUAUAAUAACUAAAGUGUUGUGUAAUGAAGAGGAAAAAAACGGAGAUCCUAGAGAAACUGAAAUGAGAUUUCAGUGUUUGUUUAGGUACAAUGUCGUUUCGAAGAGAUGUUUUGCAUGUCGAAAAACAAAACAAACAAAAAAAAAACUUUGUGAAAUUGUAUUACACCAUGAUGUACAAUUGCAACAGACAAGAAGCAAAAACUAAAAGGCAUUAUUGUUAUAGAUAUGUCGGGAUUUAAUUUUAUUAAAGAGAUGAGGACGCUGUUGCUCAUUGCAGAGCUGUAUAAUUAAUAUAUUUUGUUUUGGGAGAAAGAACACAUCGACUGUUUGGGUUUCAUUUGUAAAUACUUGAGCAGGAUCCUGAACACAUAGACUUCACAGAGCAUACCUACAGAUCCACAGCAAUAACACACAGGCAGCUUAUGAAUGUCACUGAAGCUGUAGAGACCCUGCAUUAGUUUGUUCAUUCAUUCAUCCAUCACACAAGUUCUUGUUCCUUCACUUCUCUUGUGAUUUGUGCAUCUGUUUACUGGCCCGGACUCUCUGCCUGCUGCCCAAGGUCUGUUCUUUCUUUACUUUUUCAUCCUUUUCUUUCUUUCUUUUUUUCAAAUUCUCUUCAUACAGCUAUUUUACCCAAAGAUUUGAGUUUUGUACAUGCGAACAUGUAAUCCAUCUUGCCAACAUGCUGUACGAUGAUAUCUACAGUGAACCAGACAUUCUUUUAGGGACACAUUUCUCACAAUGCCCCAAAACAAUGUGCAUGGAUAUGUUUGUAACAAACAUAACCGUUCCGUUUCAAACCACUUCCUUCACAUUCAUAUAUUAAUGUUUCUUUUAGCGUUUAGACAGCACUGUGUGUGUGUGUGUGUGUGUGUGUGUUGGUUCUGUGCAUAUGAACAGUUGCCUCAUUUUGCAUGAAAAUCUAUGUGUCCAAGGUCCUGUCGGCCUCACGUGCAACCCCCUCGUGAUAAACAGCAGCGCACAUAUGCUCUCUUUUCCACAGACUGCUACAGUAUUGUCAUAUUAGCU